UCUCAUUACAAAAUGUGAAGUUGAUAGAACUAAUCCUGAACUUAAAUAAGUUUCCUCUCUCCAUCUCAAAUUCUUUUCUUUGUUUGAGAAAGAAAUGGAUGUUCUUGAAUAUUUUCUUCCUCUCUUGAUUAUCAUCAUGUGUUUUACUUAUUCUACAUGGUGGUACCUUAGUAAUAGAUGGUGGAAAUCAAGCUCAGUGCCAACAAAUUGGCCACUAGUUGGAAUGUUGCCUGGGCUUAUUCAAAAUGCUCAUCGUGUCCAUGAAUUUGCAACUGAUAUUCUUGUAGAAACUAAGGGAACUUUUAAGUUUCAUGGCCCUGUUCUUGCAAACUUGAACAUGUUAAUUACUAGUGAUCCUGCAAAUAUCCACUAUAUCCUUAGUAAAAAUUUCUCAAACUAUCCAAAGGGUGUUGAGUUCCGUAAAAUUUUUGAUAUAUUAGGAAAUGGGAUGUUCAAUGUUGAUUAUGAGCUAUGGGAGAUGCAUAGGAAGACCACCAUGUCCUUAAUGAAUCAUGCCAAGUUCCAAACUUUGUUGGAGAGGAACAUGUGGAACAUUAUUGAAAACAGGCUCCGACCAAUUCUUGAUGCUUUUGCUGAACAGGACAUUCUGUUUGAUAUGCAAGAUAUUUUCCAGAGAUUCACUUUUGAUGCUAUCAGCAAAUUGUUACUUGAUCAUGAUCCGAAAAGUUUGUCUAUUGGCUUACCUCAUGUGCCAUGUGAAAAGGCGUUCAACGACACUGUGGAUGCACUUCUUUACAGACAUCUCUUGCCAGAAAGUUGCUGGAAAUUGCAAAAAUGGCUUCGAAUUGGUAGAGAAAAGAAGCUCAUUCAAGCAUGGGAAGCUUUUGAUCAGUUCUUAUAUCCUUGCAUUUCGCGUAAGCAAGAAGAAUUGCUGCAUCAAAGUACAAUCAAAGACGAGGAAUUCACAUUUUUAAACGAGUACAUCAAAAUGUAUAAUCAAUGGAAAGAUGGUGAUUUGGGUACUUUGCAAACAUUUCUAAGAGACACUUUCUUGAGUUUGAUGCUUGCUGGUAGAGACACCACAAGUGCAGCUCUCACUUGGUUUUUUUGGCUCUUAGCUAAAAAUCCCUUAGCAGAGAAAAGGAUUAGAGAAGAGAUUCAACAACAAUUGAAUCUAAAAGAAGAUGAAAAUCUCAACUUUUUCAGCAUACAAGAAACAAGAAAACUAGUCUAUCUACAUGGUGCUUUGUGUGAAACCCUGAGGUUCUUUCCAUCAGUUGCAAUUGAGCACAAACUUCCACAUGACUUUGACAUUCUUCCGAGCGGUCACCAUGUUAGUCCAAACAUGAGAAUUGUGCUAUCUCUCUAUACAAUGGGGAGAAUGGAAAGUAUAUGGGGGGAAGAUUGCUUAGAAUUCAAGCCAGAGAGAUGGAUUUCUAAACGAGGAGGGAUCAAACACGAGCCGUCUUUCAAAUUCUCAGCCUUUAAUGCAGGUCCAAGGACUUGUAUAGGGAAGGAAAUGGCGUUCAUUCAGAUGAAAAUAGUGGCAGCUACCAUCAUAUACAAUUAUCAUAUCCAAUUAGGGGAAGAUCAAAUAAUUUCUCCAAGUGCUUCUAUUAUCAUUCAAAUGAAACAUGGUCUGAAAGUUAGACUCGUGAAAAGGGUUCCUCUUAUGUCCAAUCAAAUCCAAAUGCGUGAACAAUGCUAAAAUAUUGGUGGAACAAUAUUGACGUAUACAGGGUUCUCUUCGGUUUUUGUUUCUCUGUUUCUUUAGCAUUUCACGCACUUGUCUCAUUCCAACGCCACCAUAAUUGAUUGUAAUACCUGGAUCAGCCUAUACAGGGUUGUUCAAAUGCAUCAUUUUA